AUGGCCGGUCCAAGCAUGACGUACGGUGCUCCGGCAUACAUGGCGGACGCGCCGCCCUUCAAGACGGUGAACAUCGAUGUCGGCGAGUUCAUCCGCACGCGUGAUGCUCUCACCUCCGCCUACCUGGGCCUGUCGGGCGCCAUUGACCGCGCUUCCAAGGCCUACCUCGAGCACACCCAAAUCGUGCUGAAUGGCGACGCCUCUCUCGACGUCAGCCACUUGCUGCUGCCCUUCAACAACUUCGCCAACCACAUGCAAGUGGCACAGCAGGCGCUGCAUCCCAACAAUGCCGUCGUCGCCCCGCCCAUGCUCUCCAACUCCGCCGACCUGGCCGUGCCUCCCGCAGCAACAGAACCCGAGGUCCCAGGCAAGAAAAAGCGCAGCAAGCGAGCCUACAAGCCGCGCGACCCCAAUGCUCCCAAGCGGCCCUUGACUGCAUACUUCCGUUAUCUUGGAGAACAGCGCCCCACCAUCGCUAGGGAGAUCCAGGAGAAUCCUACGGCGUUCAACGCAACGGGCAAGCCUGGCGAUAUCUCCCGAGUGGCCACUGAGCGCUGGAACCAGAUGCAAACUCCAGACAGGGAGCCGUACCACGCCGCGUAUCGCGUCGCCCUCAAGGAGUACGAGAGGGACAUGCAGCGCUUCAAAGCCCUGGCCGGAAUCGAUCCCAACACAAUUGACCCUGCCGAUGUCCUCGCAGCUGCUGAUCCCGGCGCAGAGCUAGCAAGCGAUGACGGUGCAGAGUUUGAAUCACUUGUGGACGAGGAUGAGCAGCUUGUCGCACCCCAGCCCCCGCCGCCCGCCGCCAAACCCGCCAAGAAGGCCGCCGCGAAGAAGAGCGCUGCGCCAAUUCCCGCCGUCGCUGCCCCUGGCUUCACCAGCACUAAUCUCUCCGGCGUCGUUCCCGCUGCUGUUCCAGCGUCCAGCUCUCCGGAACGCAAGCGCAAAGCCGGCGCUGAUGCAGAAGGAAGUACUAAGAAGCGCGGUCGCAAAUCGGGUGCUGAGGCAGUGGCCGCUUCUCCUGUGCCUGUUGCGGCGACGCCCGUGGCAGCUGCAGCCGAUACCGACGCCAGCGCGAAGAAGAAAAAGGAGAAGAAGACCAAGAAGAAGGGUGUCGAGGCCUAG